AUGGUUCAGAAAGCACAAAACUAUAUGUAUAGGAAAUAUUAUAGUGAAUUUAAAUAUCGGUAUAGUAGCUCCAAAAAAAGGCAGGAAAAACGCUUUGAACGCAACCGUCGACGAGUUUUUAAGAAAGCUGGCAUAGAUAGUAUUUCCAGCACCAAGGAAGAAAAACUUUUAGCCUCUAGACGUAGUACCUUCCUUUUAACAGAAUCACAGUAUAUCGUUAAACCAAUAAUGCACCUCAAAUACAAGAAGAAAUUUACUUACCCUCUUCAAGGAUUUUAUAAUUUCCCCAUUCCGCACCUUAAGGAAACUUCGCCUGCUGUACCAGAGGUUGAUAUGACCAGUUUCUUCGAAGCUAAUAGGAAUUAUAUUCCUCCUACACCAGUCCUUACUCAUCCGAUUGACGUUAGUAAGGUUCCUCCUGAUCUUAUACCCUACAUACCUGAUUAUCCGGUCUACUAUGGUGAUAUUCAUAACCACCUCAGUAAUAAACAGAAGGCGCAACGGAAGCCUUUACAAGUGGGAAGUAAGAAAUGGAAAGAUCAUAUCCGACAAAUUAAAUUCUUUAAGGAAAAUCAACUCGCACGAGAACAAGAGCGUUUGGAUCGCUUGGACAAUGCUAAACUUUGGAAUACGUCUCCUCAUAAGGUGGAUCAACGCCUAAGUCAUGAGCGUCUCCUCAAUAAACUUCAGGAUCGUUAUGAUGAUUACAGAAAGAUAAAAUCUCAAGUUUCGACUAUAGAUAACCUCAAUAACGAAUGUAAAAAAUUAUCGUCUUUAAUUGAAGAUGCUCACCUCGAUUUAGCAUUAACUCAACGACUAUCUGGCGAUACAUCAGAUGACACCAAGGCUUUCGAGCAGCGACCAUGUAAACGCGUCGCCAAUGUUAAUCAUAACUUAGAUUUACUCCAAUCUUCUCAUACUAAGAAACGUAUUCGUGCCUUAAAUACUUCCGAUGAUGGAAUUGUGUUAACUCCCGUUAUCACUGAAUAA